AUGACUUUCAUUUAUCCAGAGGAUAAUGUAAAUUCUACAACUUUGGACAUAGUAGCCUUUGGAGAAGCGAUGACCUCUAUAAUCAAACGAUUUUCUAACUGUAGGAAACUUCAAAUUAUUAAAAAUGACGAAAUAUCGAAAGUGCUUGAAGAAAUUAAUCGACAGCGUCUUAAUUUUCGAGAUUUCGCUAGCGAAUCAGUGAAGCAAUCCAGCAAAUUGGCAAGGUUUGCUGAAGAAGUUGUAAUAUUUGCUGAAUGCUGUAAUGACGUUGGAUUUUCCAAGGAAGAUCUUUUAGGAUUAUUGAGAUUACGUCUAUCUGAUGCUAGAAAAAAUAAAGAAAAUUCUGAAAUUUUACAGUUAAAAAUUAGGCAUAUUAGAGAUGACUUGACAGAUGUCACUGAUAAGUUAGUGCAAUAUGCUACGGAUAUCAAACAGUGUCAUCGAAAUAUUGGUUCAGAUACAGGGAAAGAGCUAUCAGAGAAAGAAGCAACUCAUGAAAAAUAUAAUGCUUCAUCAAGGGCAAAUUUCGCUAUAGCCAUUAUUGGCGUCUUGACAGCUUUAGCUGCAUCGCCAUUUACUGGGGGUACAACUGCUCUGGCAGCAGUUUGUACUUCAGUA